AUGUCCCAGGCCAUUAUACGCCGAUGGCGCGCGGUGAUUGAGCGCCUUGUCUGCUGUAGGUCGUUUUGCAUUUACCAUCGAACCGACCCCCCGGGUAGCUACUGGGAUCCCGACCUUACGACUGACGACGAGUAUGAGCCUGUCUGGCGGGUAUCGUUGUCAGUGAGCGAUAUUGUGGCAAUCAUGCUGAAUAUUUUCAGUGCAAGUCAAAUCCCAGUGCUCAGUUUUGCUCUGGGAUGUGGCAGGUAUUUCAGCAAAAACCCAGGCCAUCAAAUUGAUACCACGCGCCUCGACCCGGUCCUACUCCGGACGGCCAAUUUCAAGUAUGCCUGGUCCAACCUGACUGCUCUAGUUCUUGAGUCUGAAAUUACGGGGAGUUCGACUGUGCAAUUUGCUACAUCUCUCGUGCAAGCCGCGACUAGGCUUCGACGAUUGACAAUCAACUUUGACCACGGGCAUGACGCCUUGGCUUUAAUGGAGCAACUGUCGUGCACGGAUUUCGAAUUUCAACUAGAGGAAAUUCAUUUUGAGGCGGGAUGGCUGGGAUCUGGCGAAUAUCUCGAGCGAUUCUUGUUGAAGCAUGACCGUACGCUCUGGACUCUCUCGCUGGUCUUGAUCGGCUUGAGACAGGAGGCCUGGGUUCCCAUGCUCAAAAGUCUCACAGAUUUAAGAGCACUGAGGGCGUUCAGGCUUGUCUGCCCAACGGCUAGUGAAGCCGACAAAAAGAGCUGCGUCAAGUUUCCCAAUGUUGAGAAAAAUUGCAUUGUUGAUGAAGCAUCGGGAACACAAUUUAAAUACAGGAGAUUUUGGUUCCACGAGUCGCAUAUGACAAUGGUCAGUUACCGUGGGUCGAAGAUGAAGGUUGCACUUCAGACAUUGGUCGACGGCAUCGAGUUCGCUCCUAAGAGGGACCUGUCUUCGACGGAGUCGUUCAAGUCGAUUGAUCAACGGCGGAUGAGCGUCAGCUCCAUGGUAACAGAGCCUGGGAGUUCGUAG